AACGUUAGAAAUAAUAAUUAUUUUAUUAUUUAUAUCCUAACUAGAAAAUCAAAGAAAUCAAAGUCUUAUUCUUUGCAAUAUGAAGGCCAAUCUUUAUCAAACAAACCGCACGGCAUCGGAGUUUUAUCAAAAGUUUAUACUGACGGAUCGAUUGAAAAAUAUUACAGUGGGAAUUUUGUUGAGGGCAAGAAACAAGGAUUCGGAGGCCUGUGGACUGAUAAUUUUUAUUAUGAAGGAGACUUUUGCAAUGAAAAAAGACACGGGUUCGGAAGAAUUUGGUACAAAAACGGUAGUUUUUAUCAAGGCCACUGGAGAGAUGGUUUGUAUGACGGUGAUGGAAUGAUAAUUAGAGAUAAUGGAAACCGCUAUGAGGGUGAGUUUAUGCUGGGAAAAAAACAUGGUGACGGAAUUUAUUAUCACUUAGAAACAGGACAAAUGCAAAAAGGCCACUGGUUUAACGAUAUAUGUAAAACUAGCACCGUCGAAGACAUCUGCUGGCGUCAGUCAGCUCCUAAACCUUCACCGUACCCGAUUCCUAAAUUAGUACUCUUUAUAUAUUAUUAUUAUUAUCAUUUAUCUUAAGUAUCCAUUU